CGAGAAUUGUUUACUUCCUGUACAGUCAUUGGUUGAUUUCUAGGUCAGUGGAAAAUGUGAUCCGUCUAGAAGUUAAAUAAGAGUGUUUUAAUAAACUGGAAUGCGAUAGAGCUUCAAGAAGCAGUUUUAUAUUCUAUGCAAGAAAACCUAAGAUUACCUCACCCAUGUAUUGAUGUAAAGACGACACUCCGACACACCGCAGUAUGAUUGUUAGACAAGAUAAAGAUAGUCAGGAAUUCUGUGGAUAAAAAACCCAACAGAUUAUUACAAGUCUGCUGCAUGCGAAGGUUGUGACAAAAACUAGAAUGGAGGGUACAUCUGAUAUUUCGGACUUGGAACCAGGAGCUGAUCAAGGGAAGGCUGGUCCCAAUGUUCACAUGCUUCUAAAAAUAGUGAUUCUGGGGGUCAUUGGCUUUGUAAGCGUUGUCGGGAAUGGAAUAGCACUGGGGACAUUGAUAGUUUACAACAAACAGUUGCGUGUUACAAUCUACAUCGUGAUUGGUGGAUUGGCUCUAGCAGACAUUGUCGUCGCGGUGAUGAAUGUCCCCGAUCAGAUCAUAUUUCAGGCUGACAAGGGAGAAUUGAAGUCAGAGACUUGGUGCAAGUUUUACGGCCUUCUGUAUAAUUCCUGUAAAUAUAUUGCAGCAUUUCACUUAGUUGUCUUAGGUGUUCUCAGGGGAAUUUUACUCACUGACCGGGCUCAUCACGGGCCUACAGCUAUCCAUGCUUUAAUAACUUGCGCCAUAUUGUGGCUGGCUUCAUUGCUUGCAAAUAUUCCGAUGAUAUCAUCGUCUAUUCAUGAUUCAUAUACCAACCGUUGUGUUGUUGCAUUUGGUGAAAAAAAGGACCCAGUCUCUUUACAGAGCAGGGACACUGUAGCUGAAGAGCAGGAGGAGGAAGAAUUACCACCACGUUUACGUCGUCGUGGUGACGAAAUUGAAGAAGUGCUACACACCCCACUACGGCAAAAUCCUGAGAACCAGGAGUGUCCAGACAACGAACCAGAAGAAAUUUUUUGA